AUGUCUGCGCACCUCGGCACGCACCUGGGCGAGCUCGUGUGCAAGAAGUGCGGCGCGGAGUUUGGCAGCGUCGGCGCGGCCGUGGUGCACGACAUGCGCCACUCGUGCUCGGACAGCCUGAUGUGCGGCCUCUGCAGCGAGACGUUCUCCGGCAGGGCCGAGCUGGCUGAACACAGGCAGUCGGCUCACACAGUGCCGACGCUGAAGAGCCGACGCGACGCUCGACUCCGCACCGUUGCCCUCUGGCGGCCGCCCCACCAGUUCCGCAGCGAAGCGCGGUUACCCGAGCCUCGCUUCUUCGCCGCGGCUCGCUCGGCGCGCUUGCAGUCCUCGUUUGAUACCGCUCGCAUUCUCCUUGACGCCGAGUUGCAGGUCGGCAGUCGGUCGCCGGCUGCGAGUACACGGCCCACCGAGGCGACAGGACCUUCGCAACUUCGCUCUCACGGCCAAUCAAAGGCCCAGGCUGCUGCAGCACCAGCAACACCAGGAGCACCAGCAAAGCCAGCAACACCAGCAGCACCAGGAGCAACACCCGCAAAGCCUGCAACACCAGCAGCACCAGGAGCACCAGCAAAGCCUGCAACCCCGACAGCACCAGGAGCACCAGCAAAGCCUGCAACCCCGACAGCACCAGGAGCACCAGCAAAGCCUGCAACCCCCACAGCACCAGGAGCAGCAGCAAAGACUGCAACCCCGGCAGCACCAGGAGCAGCAGCAAAGCCUGGAACCCCGACAGCACCAGGAGCACCUGCAAAGCCUGGAACCCCGACAGCACCAGGAGCAGCAGCAAAGCUUGUAACCCCGACAGCACCAGGAGCACCAGCAAAGCCUGCCACACCGGCAGCCCCAGGAGCAGCAGCAAAGCCUGCCACACCGGCAGCCCCAGGAGCAGCAGCAAAGCCUGCCACACCCGCAGCCCCAGGAGCAGCAGCAAAGCCUCCAACACCGACAACUGCAGCCCCAGGAGCACCAGCAAAGCCAACAACACCAACGCCAGCAGCGCCAGCAGCACCAGGAGCACCAGCAAAGCCAACAACGCCAGCAGCACCAGCAGCACCAGGUGCACCAGCGAAGCCAGCAACACCAACAACACCAGCAGCACCAGGUGCAGCGGCACCGAUGGCGCCACUGGACGUCAAGGUGCCAGUCGUGUUCGUCUUUGGUGGACCCGGCUCCGGCAAGGGCACGCAGUGCGACAAGAUAGUGGCGAAAUAUGGCUUCACACACAUCUCGUCGGGCGACCUACUGCGGGCUGAAGUGGCGUCUGGCAGCGACCGGGGCAAGCAAAUCGACGACAUUAUGAAGCAGGGAGCGCUUGCCCCACUGACAAUGAUCCUUCAACUGAUUAAGGAGACGAUGCAGAAAGACCUACCGACAGCCAAGGGAUUCCUCCUCGACGGUUAUCCCAGGAAUGUCGAGCAGGGGGAGCGUUUCGAAGCUGAGGUUUGCAAGUGCACGAACCUGAUCUACUUCGAGGUGUCGGACGACACGAUGAAGGCUCGAAUUCUGAAGCGAGGCCAGACGAGCGGCCGCGUGGACGACAACGCGGACACCGCCGUCAAGCGCAUCAAGACCUUCCACGACGAGUCGCAGCCCGUCCUCGACAAGUACAAAGAUAUCGUCCACAAGAUCUCAGCGGAAGACGAUCCGGACAAGGUGUUCGCAUCAGUCUCGGCCGUCAUGGAUGAAAUGUUGAAACCUAAAUAGUCAAGAAAUUAAAGGUUUAUGUGUACAUA